AAAGAAAGAAAGAAUAUGACUGGAUUAUUUGCGUUUUGUAUAAUUUUUUUUAUACUUUAUUGUUAUUUUACAUGGGUGAUACCAAGAGUGUUAGCAUGGCUGGUGAAACGUCGUUACAAAAUUCAUUUACGAGUGGGCCAUAUCUCUUUACCUUAUUUUAUCCUCCGUGAUGUCAAUAUAACAAAAAAUGGUUUUACAUUGCAAGUUGAAGAAAUAAGUGUACGCAGCAGUUUGUUUAGCAGUGAUGUGGCAAAAUUAUUAGCUGUUAUUAUGAGAGAUGUUAGAAUAAAUAAAGAUGUCCCAGUUGAUCCAACAUACAAGAUAAAACAAUCCAAUGAAGUAUUAGAUUUUAGAAACAAGAAAAUACCUCCAAUGAUUAUUACAUUUGUACAGUUUAUGGCUGUGCAUGUAGAAAACAUAAGCUUACUGGCUCUCGGCAAUGGUUGGUUAGCAAAUGGGAGCGCAGAAAGUCUCAAUUUGGAUGGCAGUAUUGUACAUGGUGCACGCACACUCUUAGCAUCAGCUUCUAUUGUUGGCGGUGCUAUGAAAUUACUGCGACAUGCUUCUGAUGCAUGUCUUUCACAAAUAACAUUUGCUGGGACAGUAGAAGCUACAUUUAAAGCUCAAGGAGAACUCUCAGUUGAGACAUUGUAUGUCGGAGUAACACAGACCGAAGGAUCAGGUGGUGCGGGCCUUAUCCACUUCUUGAGAGACAGACAAACAUUGAGUCCUGCAGCAUCAUGCAACAAUGUAAAUAGUAAUUCGUCCAAUGACUUAAUUGCUAGACUAGCGCCUGUUUUACCCAAAGAUUUUACAUUGAAAAUUGGUAAUUCAUUGAUAAUAGCUGGCAGGGAAGAUAGUAGCAUGAUAGGUUUGGAGGGUACUUUGAGAAGUCUUCAAGUUAAUGCAAAAUUUCAAGCUAAUAGAGCACGGUUGAACUUCACUGUCAAUUUAGAUGGCUUAUGCAUACGUGGAAAACUCCCUAUUUUAACCUUGCAGUCACUGUCCAUCGAAACAAAGAUGGAGGAGAAUGUCUUAUUCAUUAAUGUACAACUGAACAAUCUCUCGAUAAUGUACGAUCAUAGAGACUGGGAAUCGUUGCUGUAUGCUAAUGAGAAUGACAUUUCGAAGCCCGUUAGUGAUAUAUCGCUGAGAGAUCAACUGCCCAGUAUCGAAGUGAGACUAGACACGGAGCUAUAUGAUUCCUCGUUGAAUGUUAAGUUGCCAGACGUGCAAGAAACAUCUUGCGGUGUCGCGCAUAUGAAAUUCUCCUUGAAUUCAUCCACAGAUAAAACCGAGGAUCUAAAUACAGAAUUGAUCGUCGAAUCCUUAUAUUGCGCUUUGAACGGCGUCAACGGCAACAUCUCCGAGACGUCUCACCAAUGGGGUAGCCCGCUCUCUAUCGGGGUAUUAUUAGCGACUACUCGUAGCAACGCCAUAGGCAUCGCAGUUGACGCUCUCGUGACGGAAUGGAGUUUAGAACUCGCCAAGUUUCUCGAGCAAGCUUACAGGUGCUACAAGAAAUAUCAACAGCCAGUAGUGAAAAAGAAGGAUACGGUGUCGCGCAGUCCCAUCCAGUUGAAUCUGAAAAUCACAAAUUGCAAUCUAUUCUUUAUCGCGGAGAACGAGUUGUCGAUAAUGAUGCGCCUGGACAUAGCAACUGUAGAGCAAAGCGCAAAGCGAUUCGUAGGCGUGGCAGAAGGCAUGAGCGCGAUCACUCUCAACAAGAACGAGCCAGUUAUGUGCCAGCACGCGCAAGCCUUGACCCAUUCGUUUCUGGCAAUACGAAAGUGCAAAGCUGCGAUCAAUUCCGACGCCGUGAACAUCAGUCUCGAUGGCACCAAUCUAGCGUGGAGUCCGAAUUUGCAUCUUCGCUUGCUGCAAUUCUGGGUAGAAUCCGAGGUUUUCAGAUCUAUUAUCUCCAAUGAAAUGAGCGCAACUCGUAUUGAAGAAGUGCAGAAAAAGAAACGCAUUCUCGAUUUGCUGGCUACGGGUGGAAUCACCGUCUCCGUCGACAUCUCAACCAAACAUUUCCUGAUCCUGACGUCCGAUCAACUGCGUUGGUCGCAGGGCGAAUGGAGACUCAACUAUGUGCGAGUCACGCUGGACAUGGCCGAUAUAAUAAUGAUCGAAGGUUUCGAAUUGGUGCGCGUGAACGAUAACGCGGAGGUGCGAGUGGAGAGACAAAGUAACGAGGGCUUCGUGUUGGAUUGGAACGAGUGCUGGGCCCUGAACGUGGACUCCAUCAAAAUCUGCUUCCCGUAUGAACAUCAAUUCACAAACGCGAUACAGAACGAGUUGUUCAGCAUCAGGAGAUGGCUGAAGGAGAUCCAUUCAUCGAACGCGUCCAAGCAGGAGUCCUUGCCUUGCGAUCUGGUCAUCAAGAUCAAGGAGUGGACGUUCGAGGUCGGCGACGACCCGUUCGAGGUACGUCUGCGCGACAAUUACGAGCUGCUGGAGGAUGAGUACAAGGAAAGCUUGAAGCGGCAGGCGAUGUUGGACGCUAAGGUGCAGGAGCUCUGUCGCGCGCACUUGCUGCUGCCGCAGGGGAAAGUCGAGGAGCUUUACGCCAGUCUAAAUAAAAAGAACGCGGAGAUCUACGUGCAAAGAUGGAAGCAGAUGCAACGGGCCGGUCCGGCGAGGACUCGGCUCUUCGCCUGGAUCAUGCUGGAUCUGGAGAUAUUGGCCUUGGCUGAUCCGUCCAUCAACGGCACGGAGAAGGCGGUGAGGGCACUGCGAGAGAUGGACCCGGAAACGCCGUGGCCCGAGGACGGCCUGGAAUUCAGUACGCUAUGGGUCAGAGGAAUCAGCCUCAAGUGCGCGGAAUGGAAGCUCCAGCUCCGCGAUUUCCCGCAGCCACUGCUGCUGGUGGAGAACCUGAAUAUCUGGGGCAGACUGGCCGGGGCGGAAGCGUUGGCGCCGCUGAGAGCGAAGAGAACCGUCAGGAUCGAAAUUGGUGCGCCGUGGGAGGACAUAGUGGUGGAGAGAGGCAUGACGUCCCUCAAGUAUUAUCACGAUCUCAAUUGGGACAUCGACAAGUUCAGGUACGCGUUCGGGCCGUGCUGGGAGCCGGUGAUAGCGCAAUGCAACCUCAGCUUCGAGAAGAUCCUGCACCCAUCGCGAGAUCCGAGCCCGCCGUUACCGUUUUGGGAUAGAAUGCGACUGGCUCUUCACGGUAGGCUGACGCUCUGUGUGAAACGGCUGACGGUGUUGUUGCACGGCUCUCUGGAUCCUUACAAUACUACGGAGGAAAUGGAACUGACGUGGACCGGGCUGGAGCUCGACUGGACGCAGGGGAAGAUCAUCAUCAAGGGGGAUCUCGACGUGUACGUGCGUACAGCCAGUAAAUACGACGAUUGCCGAUUGCUGCACUUGCCUAACGUCAGGUUGAGCAUCAAACUGGCGUGGGUGUGCCUAGGCGACCCGCGCGACCAUCACGCCGCUGUACCCUGCGCCCCGGAUCGGUUACCUGAAUACUCGAGCAAUCAGGAGCACGACUCCUUCAGGGCGUUCCGCUCACAGAACCUCAACGUCAGUCUCUCGCUGGAGACUAAACCGACAGGCUCGCCUACGUUGACUAGCGCACCGACGGCCUUGCUCUACGGCAGCACGUUGAGGUGGUUCGAGAACCUGAAAUUGAUACUGUCCGGCGCGACAAGACCUACCAGGAAGGGUCCGCUGUUCAAAAACACCAGACCCAGGAAGAAGCAGCUCAGCAGACACUACAGGAAGGUUCGACUGACCCUGGCGUUCCAUCGAUUCCAUGUCAACUACUGGAUGUCCUUCGCGAUGCAACGGGGCUUCGAGGUGACCGGCGGCAGGGUGGCCUGCAGUUCGGAACACAAUCUGGCGCUGCAUCCGAUCGACGACGGGCUGAUACACCGGCCACGCGCCGAGUGGUCCGUCAUCUAUAUGAAUUGUGAGCUCAGCGACGCCGAGAUCUGGCUGAAGAGCGCGUUACAGGAAGAGGAGGAGAGCGCGUCGCUGCGUCAGCCGGUCGAGAAGUGUUAUUGCCUGAGCGUCGCCCGCGUUAGCUACGGCAGGGAGGCGAUGGUCGCGGGUAUAAGCGGCGACACGCCGAUCCAUCGACUGGUGGUGCACGACCUGCGAGGCGCCUGGACCAAGACCAAUCGCGACGUCGCGUUCGCGCUCUUCGACUCCUUCAUCAAGACCCAGCAACUCAAGAAGAACUUGUCGACCGCGGCGCUCAAGGGUUUCCACCGGGACAACAGCACGACACCGCACAAGAACCGCCGUACCAGACCCUCCGUGGGCGACCAGCAGAGCACACCCACCCAGGUGACACCCUCGUCCGCUGUGAAGCCGCAGCAAGGCGAGGCGGUUGGAAUGCUGCAGAGAUUGAUAGCGGAGGCUACAAACAAGCCGGUAGCCUUCAGCGACGAUCUGUCGGUGCAGACCAGGGGGCAACAGCUGCGUGGCUUAGCGGCUUGUCAUCAGGACGAUGUCUUGCACAAAAAUUGGCUGAUCGCCUUGGUGAACAGCCAGGUAUUGCUGAAAGGCAUCGAGACUCGCGGCUAUGUGAUCCUCUCGGCAGCCAAGGCAGAGAUAUUGCAGAGGGUUCAUCACCCGGUCUGGAAGGAACGGUCUCUGGUUCCGAAGACGACCUGGGUCGGCUCGUUGGAGUGCAUGCAGUAUUACGCGACCGUGAGCGCGAAUAUCGACGACAAUAUCGAUGAUAACAUCAUGUGGUUGACAUUAGACAACAUUCAGGAAAAAGAUUCGACCGUUAUAGCCGGCUUGCCAGACGUCCCGGCGUUGGUAGGGUCCGGUCAGAGCGUAGGUGGAGUGGUCAGUCAGACGGUAGGAGGUGGGGGAGGCCCUCAGCAUCAGCUGCAGCGCAUAGUUUCCCGUUGCAAGUGCGAGUUCUUCUACGUCGGUUACGGCCAGACCUUGGACGUAGGCUCAGUGGACCAGGUGCCGCCGCCACCCAGAGAGGAAGUCAGCCCAUGGGAGCGGAAGGACUUGUCCGCGGCCGAUGCGUUCACGCUGAUGCACCACGACUUGGACGUGUGCACCAAUUCGUUGCAAUAUGCCAUGAUCUUGGAUAUAGUCAACAACUUGCUGCUGUACGUAGAGCCGAGGCGGAAGGAGGCCUCGGAGAGGCUACAGAGGAUGAGGUUCCAGUUGCAGUUGCAUUCCGUCGAGGACCAGAAGAGGCCAAUACAGCAGCUGCAGAACACGGUGCGCUGUUUGGUGGCAAAAUUGAGGAGGUUGGAGCGCGAAACAUAUCUAGUGCAGAAAGCGUUGGCCGACGAGUCGAGUCCGGAGUUGCUGACUGAGAUGGAGCGGCUGGAAGCGAGCGUCUUCGAGUGCAAGGAACAGCUCAGCGCCAAGGCGGAGGAGUUGGAUGUCAUGUUGAGCUGUUACAAGGAGACAACCGCGCCAGCGGCCGCGUCGGCCACGUUGAAAGACAAGCCGGCUGCGGUAGCCAGAGUGGCCGAGAUUUGCUUCAAGCACGCUCAGUGGAGGCUGACUGAUGCGGACGGCCAGCUAGGAAUCGCUGAUCUUAUCCUGACUAAUUUUCUGUAUACCAAAACGAGCAAGACCGACGACUCGGUGGAGCAUCUGCUGGAGCUGGGAUACGUCCGGAUGACGAAUCUGUUGCCGAAUCAGAUCUACACAGAGGUACUCACGCCGACAGAGCUGCAGAGCAAUAUGCCUGUCGACCGGCAAAGGGCUCUUCGGGUUUUCUGCAGGGAAAAAGCACCGGUAGCGGGUAUAUCUGUGAAGGAACAUUUCGAGAUCAAUGUGGUGCCUCUUACGAUAGGUCUGACGAAGAAGUUCUUCAACACUAUGUUGAAGUUCUGCUUUCCGGAAAGAGAUCCGGAAGGUAUAGAGGAAGCACCAGCACCGCAACGCGAUUCGUCCUUUUAUGUGCCCAUCGAGAGGAGAGACGACGUGGAAAAGAUGAAGGAGCGAGCUGACAAGAACAAAUUGUUCAUAUACAUCAAGAUACCGGAAGUACCUGUUCGCGUAUCGUAUAAGGGAAAUAAGGAGAAAAAUCUCGAAGACGUGCGUGACUUCGCGCUGGUCAUACCGACUUUGGAAUAUCACAAUGUCACAUGGACGUGGCUCGACUUGCUCUUGGCGAUGAAGAGCGACUCCAGGCGCGUAAUACUCAGUCAAGCUAUCAAACAAAAGCUGCAGAUCAAACCGAGGGGCCCACCCGAGGAAUCGGCACCGCAGGAAGAGGAUAAGGCUCGUCUUUUGUUAGGUACCAGACAUCUACCUGGAGAUGCGAGAAAGAAAAGCGUCUUUAAGUUUAAAUAAUUUAUAGGCAACCCGUAGAUUUUUUCUCUGGGUAACGUAGUAACUUAUUUAUUAUUAUGGCAUCGGUAAUCGUUGCAUGUGCGAUCUUACGUACAUGUCGUGUACAAAUAAAUUGUACAGAUUAGUAAUAUCUAAGUUAUACUAAUAUACACAUCUUCCUGAGGUGUUGAAACGUCAA